AUGUUGUUAGUGGUCGAUGCUGCUUCGGUUUUUCUCUCUGAAACUCGGUCAGUAAACUUCCACUCCAAUCGCAAAGGGUAUGUAGUUAUCGAACAUUUUUGCUCUGCAAAGCAGAGUCGUUUAUGUUCUCAAGGUUUGGUGAUCCAAUGUGAUAAAAGUGCGAAGCACUCAAUGCUGUUCAUCUUACUUGCGUUACUAUUCUAUGGUAUUCAAGCACAGAUUCUUACCAUCAAACCUGGUAAAGUUCACGGUUUUGAAUAUACAUCAAAAAAUGGCGACAUUGCUGAGGUCCCAAAAAACGGCUUCCCCAUUCUGGUUUGGGUGCAUGGCGGUGGUUACGAAAUUGGAUCAGCAAGUCUUUAUGGUUAUAAAGGCUUCGCUGAUAUAUACAUCCCACAUGGCAUCAUUGUUGUUACUAUACAGUAUCGUGUUGGAGUAUACGUUUGUCUACGAUAA